CCGUCGCAAGUGGACGCGUGUGACACCUCACCGCAGCGAGCCGCCCGCGCGCGCCGACUGCCGACUCUUCUGCGGGGCCGCGUUGUGAUGUGACUGAAGAAGGGCGACGACGCUACGCGACCGCGUGCUCCGCCUGCCGCCGCCGUCAUGGACUCGUGCCUGCCACUGGCGGCACUCAGCCUCCGGGAUGGGGGCGCGCGAUCCGCCGCCAGGCCACUCUCGCAGGGCGCCCACUCGCCCAACGGCAACCACCUGCAGCCGCCGCCCGACAACUGCGGGCGCAUCGAAAUCCUCCAGGACCUCGACCUCUACUACAUCAGGCAGAUCGCCCACAACCUCAAGGAGUUCGAUCUGGAGCAGAAGAUCGACCUGGAGAUAAAGAUGCGUGAGGGGACGACGAAGCUGCUGGCCGCGUGUCGACACCAGACGCAGACCCUGGAGGCCGCCAAGAACCUCCUCACCUCCAACGAGCGCAUGUCCGCCUACAUGGCGGAGCUGCAGCGGCGCAAGAAGGAGCGUCCCCAGGGGUUCGGGGUGAAGCCGUGCACGGGCCGCGUGUCGCUCUCGGACGUGCGCAUGCCGCUCAUCUGGCGCGACACGGACCACUUCAAGAACAAGGGCGACUACCGACGCUUCGCCGUCUUCUGCCUGGCGCGCAUCGGCACCGAGAUCUACGACACCACGCUACUCUGCCCCGUCGACCGAUCGCUCACCGACCUCACCUUCCCCGACGUGCUCGUCUUUAACAAUAUUCCAGCGGACUUUGAGUUCAAACUUGAGGUAUACUCUCACAUCCUGCAGGAUGAUCUUACAAUGGCGAGCACGCCACGAAAAAUCAAGAAAACUAUUCACAGUUCCAUCAGCCGCACUGUUGGCAAAAAAUUGGCAGCAACGCUUAGAGACGAAUUAAACUCUGGAAAAAUUGGUCCAACAUUUGAGCUUAUGGCUACUGCCAGGUUAACCCUAGAUGAAGUCCAUGACAGUAUUCAUACCCAUGACAUGAAAGUAGAAAAUCUGGAGAAUCGCAGUCAUCAGCUGCCCCUCUUUGGACAUUUCUGCUGUCGACUUGCUGCUCAGCCAGACUGUGUCUCCCGAGAAAGCUAUUCAGGAGAAUUCAGCAUUCGGGAGAAGGGGCAAUGGAUGCCAGUGUGGGGACAGCUGCAAGCCUUUAGACUGGACAUGUGGUCUCAUCGUACUGACUGGGAGCAGAAUCAGGAGCCUCUACGCUCCAUUACUGUUGACAGGGAAACAAUUAUUCAACCAAGCAAAACUGCAUCAAAGGAAAUUACAGUUUCCAACUUAUGUGAUGGCAAGGAUGAAUUAAUGAUUAUUCGCACCAAGAACACUGAUGAUCAACAGAACUGGAUAAGACACCUAGUGCAGCAUACAAAAGAUCACAGAAGGUGGAGGCAUGCAGCAGAAAAAUUAAUGGAAAUUCCAUCUCCUGGCUCAACAAGACAUUCCUUUGCGAGGCAGCUCCGUCAGGGAUCACUGUAUGAUGAGACACCACUUAUUGAGUCGGUGAGCUCAACAGAUUACCAUCGACCUACCGUACAAGAAAUAUUUGGUAUGACGCCAUCCACAAGUCUUAGUUCUUGUGCAUCAUCAUCAUCCUCACCAACUUUCCGGGAGCGAUCUCUGAGUUCCGGUGCCAGUGCCAAAGGCAACACAGUACGAGGCAACUGGCCCUUCUCACGUAACAAUCAAGACUGAUGGCAGCCACAAAAUGGGCCUGUCAGUCCUCCAUUCCCAGUAUUUCUGUCUUUCUACAAAAUGUUGAAGAGAGGGUGUAAACUGUUCAAAAUUGUAGCGUGUUUUUCAUGCCAGAAGAAAUUAUUCCUUUUUUUCAGUUUUGUUACCUGAUUUUUCUAGACUUUGUAGUUUUAUGUAUUCACACUUAUGAGUAAUACUUGCCACCAGCAGCAACGCUUAUUGUAUGACUGCACUUUUGUCAUUUUACUGAUAAAUGUAUGCAGUACUUCAUUUGAUUUUGUUAUACAAGUUGAUAGGCAUGUACCUUUUUUACUGUAUUAUAUUAAGUUGUUGUAGAUAGUUUUUUUUUCAUUGUACAAUAUUUUAUUUAAAUGUCGCAAUGCAGACAAAAUGCAAAUAGAAGAGUUGUACUAUAAUUAAUGGGAUGAGACUGCAUUCUCUGUGAAUCUGCUGCAGUUACUGUGUGUCUACAGCAGUAUGUUCUAAUUUACCGAAGCUGGCAAGAAUGCCAAUUAUGUGAGAUUUUAUUUGUUACUGCCAUGUGCAGAAGAAAGGUCUGACAGUCAGUACGCAGUCGAUUACUGUAUUUGGGUGUGAUGGAUGUUCAAAGUGUCACACAAUAAAUACUUGAAAUUCUUUGCAUCAUAGGUAGCUGUUUUGUGAACAUUUUAAUAUUAUAAUACUGAUUUUGAACAGUGUCAGAUGACUAAAUUCACACCCAGUUGUUAGGAUUUUACUUGUGCUUUAGAUAGGCUGUAAGCCAAUUAGCUGCAAUUCUGUAGCAGGCAGGAGUUAAAACCACAAGAAUAGGUAGAAUUGUUUCCUGCUAUGAACAGCAGAGCAGAAAGAAAUGGACAAAGCAAAUUUGGAUCUUCAGAUUCAUCAUAAGAAUUACUGUGUCAUCUUUUAUACCUCAGCAUGUAAUUAAUGUUCAUAGUGGCAGUGUACAUUGUUUCUCUGUAGUACUGUUUGUAAAGAAAUAUGUUAUUUAUAGAAUUUCCAUUUUAUAAACAGUUUGACAUCUAUUUUAUAAUUCCUUCCUUCAUGUGUGUUGUAUAGGAAAAAAAUCAAAAAGUCAAGUAUUUAUUUUCUUUUUUCCCGAUUUUUGAAAUGUAUGUCAAACGUCUGUGGAACAGAGGUUCUUAUUUAAUAUCUAGAGAUAAAGUAGAUUAUUUUGUACUUGGAGAAGUAAUUAUUUUGUGGAUUAUCCUGUGCAUGUGUAGCUUUCCAAUACUGCCUUCAUGAAGUUGCACCAACUCUGUGUAUGGGUAAGACAUUCAGAUGCCACCCAUUACAGUUGUGAUAAUUGAGACAAAAAUCUAAAUUCUGAUUGAUGAAAAUAAACUUUUAUUUCUACAUUAUCUGUGAACGUUAGUGGAUGAGGUAUGAAUGAUUGAACAUACCAUUUUCUGCUGGCGUAAGAUGAACCUUAAACACACAUUUUUUUUUGAUCAUCACGUAAUGUGCACUUCAAGAGUGAUAGAGGAGAUUAGCUUUUAAGGGCACACAAUGUGUGAUGCCAUUGUUGAAGUCACUGAAAAGUUAUUUUAAGAUCUAUAUUUGCUCAUUGUAGAUGAUCAUUUGAUUGCUGUAUAGAGACUGUAUUUUUAAAGUAUAAUUAAAAUUAAAACUAAAAUUUCAAUGGAUUUUUGUAUCUCAAAGCAAAUACAAAUGCAAUAAAUUCUCAUCACAAAGCACAUACUUAAUGCUGAGGUACUUUUCAUAUUGUUUAGCUACAAACUGUGUUGGUUAUUAUGUCCAGCAUGAUAGAAUAAUUUAAUAUUAUUGGACAAAUUGCUCAUUAUUGUCAACUAAUGUGUCCGUUUAAUGUGAUCAUAGUCUUACCCUAAAUUGUCAUCAUAUGUGGUUAAGAUCUACAUCUGUUUCUGUAAAUUGUGUGCAACCAUUCCUAUGAGUCAUACUGUUUGUUCCCUUCUUUAUAAAUUCAUCUACAAUUUUAAGAUUAUGUACAAAUAGUUUAGCUUGGAUCAAAACAUUUGACAGAAAUUGUAAUAAAGUUCUGUAAAAAAAUUAAAUAGAUUUAUUAUAGCUGA